AGCUUGAUAAAUGUCACAAUCUUUUAACCGUAGUGUUACAAAAAGAAAAAAUUACAUUGAGGGAACUUCAAUCUAUCAUUGGUACACUCAACUUUGCUUGUGCAGUUGUCAUCCCAAGAAGGGCAUUUCUGAGAAGACUAAUAGACUUAACAAUUGGGGUCAAAAAAUCCUUUCAUAGAAUACGAAUGACAAAAUCAGUUAAGCAAGAUCUAAAUACAUGGCAAAAUUUUUUAAAGAAUUUUAAUGGGAAGUCAUUGAUUUUAUCAGACCGUUGGUUAACAUCUGAUCAGCUACAUUUGUUUACAGAUGCCUCUGGUACAUACGGUUUGGUGCUUUGUUUGGUUCACAGUGGUUCUUAGGCAAAUGGGACACAAAAUGGCAAAAACAAAAUAUUGCCUUUUUAGAGCUAUAUCCCAUAGUCUUGGCAGUUGAAAUAUGGGGCCACCGAUUUGAAAACCAGUGCAUAUAUUUUCAUACAGACAAUAUAGCUUUAGUGUCUGUAAUUAAUAAACAAACAUCUAAAGAUGCGUUAAUUAUGUUCCUAAUAAGGAGACUAGUUCUACACUGCUUGAGAAACAAUGUGAACUUUAAGGCAAAACACAUAUAUGGUUCAAAAAAUGUUUUGGCAGAUGCACUUUCUCGUCAACAGGUACAGAAAUUUCAUCGGUUAGCACCAUGGGCAGACACUGUUCCCAAACCAGUUCCCAAUCUACCAGAUUUGCCAAGCUACAGAAACCCUUAAAUAAAAGUUUUAACAACAUCUUAUCUGAAUCCUCACAAAAAACUUAUAGAAGAGCAAUUAUCCACUAUAAGAGUUUUGCUGAAGAAUAUGGCAUUAGAUUUCAGUUACCACUUACUAGUUCAGAUCUCAUACUACUUAUAGCACAUUUGAAAAACAAAGAUCUUGCAUCAAGUUCUAUGUCAACAUACAUAUCAGCAAUUGGUUUUACACACAAAAUUAAUAAUUGGCCUGAUCCAACUGAUUCAUUCAUUAUUGAUAAGGUACUGAAAUCAGUGCAUAAGGGAAGAAAUCAAGAUAUGAGACUUCCAAUUACUAGUACAAUUUUGAAUCAAUUAAUAGAUGCAUUAAAACAGACAAUAUCUAAUAGAUAUGAUCAAAUUCUAUUCAAAGCAAUGUUCACCCUAGCAUACCAUGCUCUUUUAAGAAUUGGUGAGAUGACAGUCAACAACAAAAAUUACAAUCAUGUUAUUAGUUUAAGUCAAACUGUUGUGUUACACGAAAAAUUAAGUAUCAGUUUCAUGGACUUCAAACAUUCAAAUGGAAAACAAUUCCAUUUAGAAAUAGCUAAGAAUAAAAAUAACAAUAUUUGUGCAGUAACAGCACUUACUAGUUACUUAACUUUGAGAACAAACACAACGGGUCCACUAUUCCUCAACUCCAGUGGAGAAGCUGUUUCUAGACAAUUAUUCCAACAUGCUCUGAAUGGUGCUUUGAACUUUUGUGGGCUCAGCAGAGCAUAUUACAAACCUCAUAGUUUCAGGAUAGGCUUUGCUACCGACGCAAGUGCAAAAGGAUUGUCCACAGAAACCAUAAGAAAUUUAGGUAGAUGGAAAUCUGAUGCAUUCAAAUUAUAUAUUAGACAAUCAGGUCAAAUUUCUAACCUUUAGUCAUGUUUAUCUGUCUCACAACUGAUCAUGUAAUGACGUAAUUUGUGAAUGAAUUACUGCCGUUUAUUAUUUUAUAUUUUGUACAGGGCUUGUGGGUCACAGCUCAUUACAUAUCGCAAACAGAAUAACAGUUCAUAUUAUAUGGAAACGGUGGACAAUUGGGAAAGGUGAAUUAUGACGCUUAUUUAAGCUGAUACAAGGACAACCUAAAACCAGGAAUUCAUCCGUUUACCAUUGAAAUGACCAAAUUUUACUGAGAAGUAAUUGACAGAAAACAGCUUGCCAGGACUGGAAUCUUAAAAUCUCCCAUCAACAUGUAGUAAUAUUUAUCAGUAAACUUAUAACAAUAUAUAAGGAAAUACAGUUAUCUGAAAGGGAAAAGAGGUAUUAAUACAAUUAUUGAAUGCAUGUUUUUGCUGUAAGAAUUUAGUCAAUAGUUAACAAACUUGGUCUGUUAUUGCAUCAAGUAAAAAUAUUUGUUUGACACGAUGUCUGUAAAUUGUGUCUUUUUAGUAUAUUUUGGUUUGUAUCAAGUAGAUACAUUGAUAGGACACAAUGUCUGUAAAUUGUGUCCUUUUAGUAUAUUUUAGUUUGUAUCAAGUAGAUACAUUGAUAGGACACAAUGUCUGUAAAUUGUGUCUUCUUAGUAUAUUUUGGUUUGUAUCAAGUAGAUACAUUGAUAGGACACAAUGUCUGUAAAUUGUGUCUUUUUAGUAUAUUUUGUUUGUAUCAAGUAGAUACAUUGAUAGGACACAAUGUCUGUAAAUUGUGUCUUUUUAGUAUAUUUUAGUUUGUAUCAAGUAGAUACAUUGAUAGGACACAAUGUCUGUAAAUUGUGUCUUUUUAGUAUAUUUGGUUUGUAUCAAGUAGAUACAUUGAUAAGACACAAUGUCUGUAAAUUGUGUCUCUUUAGUUUAUGAUUGGUGGUAUAAAGUAGAUACGUAGGUAGGACACAAUGUCUGUAAAUUGUGUCUUUUAGGAUAAAGGACAUUCGUGGGACUCAAUGUCUGUAUAUUGUGUAUUUUUAGUAUAUACAUUUGUUGCAUAAUUUUUUACUUGUUAAUAAACAGUACAUAGAAUCGUAAGUUUUAUCAUUUGCAUAAGAAGGAUGAUGGGUGAUGCGGGUUUACUUUAGGGCAGCGUAUUCAGCUCCAUAAGAGCUGCAUACGUCAAGGCGGUAUCUGCUCCCAAAAGUUGAGAUGUUACACUAUUAUUAACAAAUUUAUAGUCAAGGGGAGAUAACUCUAAAUUGAUUGACUUUUCAAAAAUUUAAAUUUUAAUAGUUGAUGACAUUUGUCUUUUCACUUAUUACAUAAUAUGCUCAUUGGUUCAGAUUGUAAUGAAAGUAUUGUAUAUUUAAAUUCACAAUUGGUACUUAUAAUUGUAGUGUAUGCAAAUUUUAUACAUGUAUCUUUUGAUAUGAUUGAUUUUGAAACAUAAACUGUCACAUCUGUGGCCUGCAUCAUCAUAA